UCAGGAUGGUUUCAUUCACACACGGGAUUAGACGUAAUCCCGCAGUCAAAACGUCCAUGCGCAAACAGAAGUGCGCGAGUCCGGCUCUGGGACGGUUCUGCGUCAAUUCAGCGACCAAAACUAACGGAUCCUCUCUACGAUCAGUGGCGCUGAUGGAAUUAAAACGAGCUCCUAAGGAUUCGGUGGCUGCUUGUUCCUCUGCACGACACACAAAGCUGGGAGUGGAUGGAAUAAACUGACCUGGUGCUUCGUCGUCAAAAUACUGUACAUAUUAUAAUCGCAACAUCCUCAACAACAAUGCAAUGGUGCACACAUUAAUGCCUUCUCCUCUCAGAGCCGAACGCACGCCCACACCAGUGCUGACCUGACAUGACAGUGUGUGUAUAGAGGACAGGAUGUCUAAGUGUGAGCUGAUCGAGCUGAAGGACCUCAGUCUGAAUGAUCCCAUCGAGCUGGCUGCUCCUGCAGCCCGCACCGCUCCGCCGCCUGCGGUCGCAGGUCAGCCCUGCGCCUUCCGAGUCGUUCGUCUGGUUGGAGACAGCGUCAUCAUCGAGGCGCCCGGCCGUCAGACAGGACAGACGGGAGUGGGCCAUGACUUCCAGCCCUACAGUCAUGCUCAUCUCACCUGGUGUGACCUGUGUGGAGAAUUCCUCUGGGGUCUUUAUAAGCAGAGUCUGCGCUGCACCAACUGCAGUUACACUUGUCACCACCGCUGUCGACCCUUCAUCCAACUGGACUGCAGCAGAGAUGCAAGUUUGCUGACAGACCCGGCAGAUUUCUCUGUCGACGCCAUAGAGACAGACACAAAUGUGGAUGAACAGAUCGAUUCGGGUAAGCAGGAGCUAAGUGUCGGGGAGAUUCAACAGAAGGUUAAGGAUUAUAAUGCUCAGAUCAACAGCAAUCUCUACAUGAUGGUUAAUAAGGACGGGUUCUACACUGGUUUCAUCAAGGUCCACUUUCAGUUAGUUCGACCGAUCUCCCUUCCUCCUCCUCAGAGCCUGUGCUCGACACAAGAGGGACAUCAGCAGGACAGACGGCUGGAACGGCGGACAUCUUUCUACCUCCCCAAAGAUACUGCAAAGCACCUGCACAUAAGCUCCCAAACACGGGUACGGGAAGUCAUCGGGGCGUUGCUCAACAAGUUCACCAUGGUGGACAACCCAGCCAAGUUUUCCCUGUUCGAACGCACCGAGAGACAAAGUCAAGUGUAUAUGCGUAAACUGUCUGAGGAUGAAUGUCCCCUCUACUUACGCUUGUGUGCUGGCCCCAGUGAAAAAGUCCUGAGUCUGGUUCUAAAAGAAAAUGAGACGGGGGAAGUCAAUUGGGACGCAUUUAGCUUUCCUGAGUUGUGCAACUUUCUGCGAAUCCUGCAGAGGGAGGAAGAAGAGCAUGUGCGUCAGAUUGUGAGGCGUUACGCUGUUGCUAGAGACAAGAUGAAGCAGGAGAUGGCGAGGAUUACUACUCCUGCUUGACUCCGAGUGAUGCGACUGAUCCCCACAAUUAAACAUGAAAAAGGAGCUUCUGCCACUGUCAUGGAUCACUUCCAAGGAUCAAUAAAAACAAUUACAGCAAUGGAAAAGGGAAGACCUCAGACAAUUACAUUAUAUUAAAUUAUGGUUAUUAAAGAAGCAGGGAUACUGCUGUUACAUUUAAUGAGAACCAGAUAAAGACACUGCCACUUUUUGGGUAAGUUCAGCCACUGGAUUUAACUGGAUUUGCAAAAAUGAACAAAAACAUUAAAUAUUAUACAAGACAAUCCAUUGCAGUUCUGUCUUGAACAACUAUGCUGCUCAAUUAGAUUAUUUAUAGUGGUGUUGAAGACACAUUUGUGUUUUUUAUUCUUGUCAUUUUAUGAGACAUUUAGUUUCCUUUACUGUUUUUUAGACUUUUUUUAAAUUCUGGCACUUUAUAUAAACCUGUGAAAUAGAUCUGGAUGUGUUAAAAUGUGAAACAAUGUGUUUAAAUUCUAACAAUCUAAUAAACUGAUGG